UUUCAAAAUUUUAUUUUUUCAGUUUUCCUGUCUAGAAAUGCCUCAACCACAACAAAAUAAUAAUAUUAAUAAUCGGCAGCAACAAUUAAAUGCAAUUCGUUCUUCACUUUUGCCAUUCCAACAACAACAACAAAAAUUGCCACAAAAAUUGGAAAAUGGUUUAAAUGAAGAAAAAUUUGAAAAUAAAGACGAGGAUAAUGAUAGGUUAUUGGAUGUUAAAAAAUUGGAAAUGGUUAGGUCUAUUGUGGAUGCUGGAUAUGAUCAGGAAAGUGCAUUCUAUGCACUAAAGUUGGUCAAUUUUAGAUCGGCUGCGGAUGCUUUGCGUGUAUUGCAUACAAUUAAAACUGAUAUAAUUCAACAACAUUCUAACAACCUUAACCAAGCUUCUCAUUCACCAAUUGUCACAGUUACUACAACUUCAACUUGUAGUUUUGUUCCAACAACUUCCCCCUCGUCCUCAAGAAAACCCCAAAACAAUGCUUUGCCUUUUACAAAUCGACCAAUUCACAGAACUCCAACACUUGCACAUAGGCCUACUCCAAUAACACAAACACUUCGUCAAAGUCAAUCUUUUGGGCCUUCCGAUGCUCAUAUUGCAUCUGUGGCUACUACAAAACUAAAUCCUCCCCCUCCUUUUAAUGCCCAGCAUCAGCCUUUGAAUACUUCUGGAGGGGGUGGUACAGUUAUUCGAAUAGAAAGAAACCAGGCGCAACAACCAUUAUUAAUAAAAAAUGAUAAAACAACAACAAAUUUCCCCCCGAAUUUUCCUUCCAAAAAUAUUGAUGAAUCAACAAAACCUUCUACCUCCUCUUUAUUAUCAUCUCAAAAGCAUUCAAUUGUGCCACAACAACCGCCACAAUGUGUUCAAAGAAUUUUUAUUGAUCCAAAAGUUGCCAACAACAACAUUUCAAAUAAUGCCAUACAAACACAAGACAAUAGAAGAAGACACACAGAGGAGUUAAGUCGUAAAUUUGUCGUUGUUUCUUCCUCUUCUGCUGCUACUACAACUAAUAAUUCAUCUUCCUCCUCUUCCACCCAAUUUCAAUCUUUUCCAACUCAACAACAACAAAUUAAGCGUUCUACGUCUCCAUUGCCUGAAUCUGUAGCUAAACGUUUAAAGUCGGGAACUUAUGAAAGAGGAUGCAAGCCUUGUCGUCCUUCCAUGUUUCGAUUUUUUAUGGAACAACAUAUUGAAAAAUUAACUCAACAAUUUCAUGAAAGAAGAAAACGCGCUCGCCAAUUAAGCCAUGAAAUGGAAGCUGCUGGUUUAGCUGAUAAUGUUAAAGAUAAUAUGCUGAGACUUUUAAAAAAUAAAGAAUCAAAAUAUUUACGUUUACAACGACAGAAGAUGAAUAGAAGAAUGUUUAGGCUUAUACGCCAUAUUGGAAUUGGUGCCUUUGGGAAAGUCACUUUAGUGAGGAAAAAGGAUACUGACCAAGUUUAUGCAAUGAAAACAUUGAUAAAGGCAGAUGUUAUUCAGAAGCAACAAGCAGCUCAUGUCAAAGCAGAAAGGGACAUACUUGCUGAAGCUAACAGUCCGUGGAUUGUAAAGUUAUUCUUUUCUUUCCAAGAUGCACAGAAUCUUUAUUUUAUUAUGGAAUAUGUGCCAGGUGGAGAUAUGAUGCAACUACUUAUAAAUAUGGGUAUUUUUCCAGAGAGUUUGGCAAGAUUCUACAUUGCUGAACUAACAUUGGCUUUGGAGUACGUACAUUCUUUAGGAUUUAUUCACAGAGAUAUAAAACCCGACAACAUAUUGAUCGACAAAGGAGGACAUAUCAAGCUUACCGAUUUUGGUCUGUGUACUGGACUUCGAUGGACACACGAUAAACGGCAUUAUGUUGUUUAUGACAACCAUGAAGAUGGAGCCACACAUUUACGUGAAGAUUCGUUUUCCUUGCCUCCUGGAUUUGAUCAACGUUGGAAAGUUUUGGAAAUGAGACAUCAUCAUAAAAGAAAUCGUGCUCAUUCUGUUGUUGGAACGGGAAACUAUAUGGCUCCAGAAGUAAUUCAGCGGACUGGACAUACUCAACUUUGCGAUUGGUGGAGUGUUGGAGUAAUUUUAUACGAAAUGGUUUUUGGACGCCCUCCAUUCAUGAGUCGUGUUGAUGACCCCGCUGAAACUCAAUACAUGAUUGUACAUUGGUAUCGUUUUCUUGACUUGAAAAACCCGAUGGGUGCACGUCUUUCUCGCCAAUGCAUAGAAUGUAUUGCCCGUUUAUGUUGUGAUCAAGGCAUUCGUUUAGGCCAUAGACAAGGAGCUAAAGAUAUUAAAGAACAUGUUUGGUUUAAAGGUAUAGACUUUUUGAAUUUGCGAAACAUUACUCCUGAACAUGUUCCUCGUGUACGCCAUCCUGAGGAUACCUCCAACUUUGAUACCUUUGAAGUUUGUCGUACAGACGAGGAAGAAGAUGAUGAAGAUAAUGAAAUAAAUCGAAUAAAUGAAGACAAAAAUAUUAAACAAAUGACAGCCAUAACUCCUUCAAAUGUUUUGCGUGAAAACAAAGAAAAUGGAAAGAAGCAACCUUCAAAUAUUCAACAACAACUUCCUCCAAAUUUUAUAGAUUUUACUUUUCGGCACUUUUUUUCUGAUGGAAUUGGUGGAAGCACUAGUGGUAUUCCCCACUCAGCAAUUCGGCCUGGUGGUCAUCACGGUCCAUUACGGCCAAGUUUAGCCCCUUUAAUGGAAUCUGCUGAAAGACAAGCUGCUGCCAUGAAAAAGGCUAACGAAACCAAAACGACCAAUUCAAAAAAUAAAAUGGUACAAUCACCUACAAUUCCUAUUUUGUCAUCACCAUCAUCUUCAAAUAAUCAAACAACAAUUUUGCAAAUUGGAGAAGAUUCAAAAUUAAAAGAGGACGAAGAAAAAUUGUUAAUUGGGCAGCGUAAAAAAUUUCAAGCACUGAGGCUAGCUGACAAUAAUGAUAAUUGGUCUACAAGUAAUGAGGAUGAAGAGGAAGAAAAUGAAUGGUCAACAGCGGCAAGUCGUUGCUAAAGGAACAUAUUUACGUAUUUUUUUAAGUUUUAAUAUUGUAAUUUUGUAAAAAUAAUAAUAAUAAAUACUUAUUAUUACUAAAUAAAAAUAUUAUAAAUAAUUUAUUUUAGACAUCUGUUCAAACAAAUUAGGGGAAAAUUAAAAAAAAUGUUUUUUGCUGGGAGAGAAGUGGAGAGGUCUUCCUUUUCCUCUUAUAAAUUCUUUCAUUUCCCUCACAUUUCCUCAUUUCAUGGACGCCCUUAAAGUCAAAAAAUCUCGCGUGAAUAAUCGAUUAUUAUUUUACGUUGAUCGAACGGCUAAAGAAAAAGAGGAUAAAGCAUUAUUUUUAGCCGAGAAAAUCUCUGAAUGAUUUAAUAAAUACGUGUUUAUAGCUUCCCUUUUUUCUUCUUGUUUUUCUACUAGUUGUUUUGAUGUAAAAAUCACUGUGUGUGUGGUUAACACUUUUAUUAAAUGCUCGAACACGUUUUUCCUUCUUUUUUUACACUUUUUUCAAGUUCUCUUUUUUCCCGAUUGAAUUUCCUCCUGUGUUU